AUGUCAGGGUCGGUGCUGGAUGGGCUGCACUAUGGCAGCUUCCUCCGGCAGGACGACCACGCGAGCGCCUUCGGCAUGCAGACCGAGGGCAAGACCGGGGUUCCACGCUAUGAUGGGGAGCCCAGCAAGUUCAACGAGUACCGCUUUCGUGUGGAAGCUCGGCAGCGCAAGGAGAAAGCCUUACCGGAAGAUGAACUCAAGAAGCUCGGCCAUCUCGGGCUUCGAUUGUUGGACGGCUUGUCGGGACACGCCCUCCAGCUGGUGCAGCUGAUGGAGAUGGACAAGAUCGACAGCAAGGACGGCGCCGACUACCUCCUCAAGCAGUUCCAAGAGAAGCUACGACCGAGAAGGCAGCAGCAAGCCAGAGAGCUCUACGAGGCCGGGGCAAGAGUUGGAGGCUACCUCUCCCGGCACCCUCAGGAGCCUAUGGUGGAGUACAUCUUACGCCGCCGAGCAUGGUACCAGCAACUUUGUGACCUAAGCAGCGACCUCAAGCUCCCCGACCUUAUCCUCGCGGAACAGCUCCUUGACAACAGCAACAUCAGCGAGGACCACAAGUUGCUCGUGAGGGUGACGCUCCAGCAGAAGCUCACCUUUGACGGCGUCGCCGAGGAGCUUGUGAACCAGCACGGGAAGAUCCGCGAGCGCUUCUCCGGAGGAGCCCCUCCGAGGAGGAGCUUCGGGGACCAACGGGGAACCUGGAGAUCUCAGUGGACAGCCAGCAACGGCAAGGGCAGCCCACAGAAAGGGAAGCGACACUAUGCCUUCUUCGGGGCAGCCGACCAUGAGACCGACCACCGGGACUACGACUAUGACGGCGACUACCAGGACCCCCCGGACGCUUACGGUUACAUGACCCAGGACACCUUUGCCGAGGACGAGUAUGACAUCGACUUCGACGCCGGGUGCUUUGCGGAAGAGCACCUCGCCUACCUCCUGGACCAAGGCCUCAACGAUGAAGACCACGAAGCCGGAGAGUACGCGGCCGAUGUGAUACAGGCCGAGGAGGAGGCGUUCUGGAGCCGGAAGGGUGCGAGCGAGAAGGGGCAUGCCUCGAUGAAGCCCCGCCUUUCGAGAUCAGCGGCACCUUUUCCAUGGACCAAAAGAAGGCGAGACUCCUCCAGCUUAAGGCUCGCACUACGUGCCGCCAUUGCGGCAAUGUGGGCCACUGGUCGGGCGACGCACAGCAAGGACAAGCCCCGGACGGUCUACUUUUCCAUAAGGGAGGCCGGCACCGAGAACCCCGAGACUUACCUUGCGUUCCGGACACCCGACCAAGGACAGAGAAACUACCGCCAGGUGCCGCCACCGACUUCUUUGACGACGCCCUCGACAGCAACUGCGGCGGCACCCCUUCCGAACAACCUGGUCGACCUCACCGAUGACGACCCGUACCAGGAGGACCGCCUCUACAUGAACCCGCCGGCGGCGACUUACGAGGAUCACUGCGAGAACCACGGCGUCAACGAGACGGCCCUCACCACCAGCACCUGGGAGCUUGUUCCACAAGUGCUCUCAGCAAGCGCCGCCCAGGACGAGACGAUGGCACGCAACGGCCACCACGUGAACUUCAAGACCGACCUCCUCCAGCUGCCGCCGGCCCACGACCACGAGCUCUACUACCUGAGGUGCCUCCUCUACCUGUUCCUGUGGGAGGCGGCUUCCACACCCUCACCAGGAACAGCCAGUACUCGGCCCACGUGCUCCCACGCCAAGACCACAACAGUUGGAAGCAACCAGCACUACUUCAUCCGCAAGUGUGUGGCGUGCGGUGAGGUACUUGAACGCACCAAGCGUGCCCCAACGACAACCACGAGCCCUACGACACCAAAGGCGACGGCGUCUUCGGCACCGGCGUGUUCCCACAACCGUGUGCACUGGAAGGGCUCCAAUGGCUAUGUGAAGGUCAGGACCUGUAUGGACUGCGGCUUCCGAGAGACCUUUCCGAACCACAGCGACGGCCGGGGCACCCCGAACGACUCCGACCACGGCGCCGCGAGAGGAUCACCUUCUCCUUCUGCUCCUCCACCGGUGCUUGGUGGGACCCUUAGCCCGCAGGAGGUGCAGCAGAUCGUUGGCACCUUUUCCGAGGCAGUGCAACGGCGACUUGCCCAAGGCGGAGAACAGGAGAUCCCGGCAGAGCGGCUGUUGCAGGCGCUGCGGCUCACCAUAGAGCAGGUCACUCUGUGGCAACACGGCGGCACUACCUCCUCGCCUGGGCCUACGCGAUCUCCGACGGCACCGCCUCCUACAAGGAUCGAGUUGCUCAGGCAGCGCGGCGCCAGCUCCACGGCCGAAGCCGGGAAGUACAAAGGGAGAUCCUACUGGGCGGCAUUCGAUGACAAGAACUAUCGCGACUGGUGUUUUGAGUACAUCAACGACCAGAGCCACCCGGCCAUGAAAAGGAUGGUGCACUUCUUUCGGGAGUAUGCCGCGGCGAUCUCCGGCCCACAGUUACAUGGCGACCUCCGAGGGAGACGGCAGCCACAGCGACGACGGCCAGCACCAGGACCACGGGCGCUCCUUGGAGAACGACCUGGUGGCAAUCCUGGACACCGGCUGCAGCCAGACCUGUUACGGGGAGCGCUGGCUCGAGCGCUACGCUGCCGCGGCCCUAUACAGCCACUGCCACCACUUGACGUCGAGAGCCGGCCGACCUUUCGCGGCAUUGGCGGCUCCAUGCGGACGGCGCCCCUUCUUCUAUCGCUCCGAGCACAGCAAGUGCUUGGGCUUGUGCUCGACCUGAACGCCGAGGUAGCCCAUUCACAGCUUCUUGGCAAAGAUCUCAAGCUCGUGAUUAAAGAUGGCCUCAUGGGGCUCCGCCUCCUCCCGGCCGACCUUGCCGACAACGACCCGGUCGAGAUUUACGGCGCACCAGAUGGAGAAAAUGGAGGCGACGGACCGGACCGGGACUCUGGCGACCGCCGCCCGGACCACGGCGACACCGAGCACGACAGCGACCUGGACUCCGAGAACGAAGGCGACACCGCGAACGACAACCACCACGACCGCGAAGGGGAAGCUAACGACGAGAUCCUUGACGAAGGGGGCGCCUACCUCGCCAUCGACGCCCUCAAGUGCAAGGUCAUGUCGAAGGGCACCGCGGCAAAGGUCAACCGAGACGUGCAGGAUGUUGCUGCCACGGACCGUGUGCUCUGGAACCGGGUCUCUCGACAGAGGUGCCGCUGGCACAGUGUGCUCCCACGCGGCUGCCGGACUUUUCUCCUGGAGCUCUUUGCCAGAGCGGCUGUGCUGACCCACGCCGCUUCCUGUGACUACGGUCUUCCUGUCAGCUCUCCUAUCAACUUGGUCGCCGACGCCGGGCACGACAUUUUCACCAAGCUCGGGCGAGAGGCGCUGGAGAAGGUGAUCGACCGCGACGACCCCUACGCGAUCACCUGCACAUGGCCCUCCGACACACAGCUGGAGCAGGCGGAGGAGCGCGGGAAGUUCGUACCGGUUAUGGCCUGGAUGCAAGACCUCGCCAAGGCCCGGCUGGCAAAGGGGAGGCAAAAGAUCUACCUGGACGUGCCGACCGACACCCGCCGGAACCCUGGAGACAGCCCUGGGAGGACACACCGAACAGCCGUGUACCUUACAGCGACCGCCUCUCUGAAAGAAGCCGCCGGCAACCGCAGCCACCAAGGAGACUGCCCGCGCCAUGUCAUUGACUACUUCUUGGAGACCCUUGACAACGUCCGUGUGGAGACCGCCUUUCCCGCCGAAGCCGAGAGCGAAGACCUCCUGGUCGAUGAGGACCUCCCACACCACGGGCUCCUCGAUGGUAUCCUUUCUGAGGGCGACCUGGCCGGGGGCGACCGCGGCGGGAUUGAGGCCUACAGCGAGGUCCGCCGAGGAGAGAUGCUCGACGUGAUCGCCGAGGAAGGGGACAACAUUCCCUUUGCAUCUGAGGAGGCAGAGUUCCUGGCGGAGCAAAGGAACGAAUGGAGGCGACUGCCGCGAGCCCAGCGCAUCGCUUUGCGACGGCUCCACACCAUGACUGGACACAGCAGCCCAGCAGCGAUGCAGAGGCUACUCCGGACUGCAAACGCCGACCCUCAGGCGAUCAAGGCCCUCAACCACUUCCACUGCCCUGCCUGCGCCAGCACCGAACGGCCCAAGCAACCGCGGGUGGUAAAGAUUCCCCACGACUACAGCUUCAAUAAGGACGUCUCGGUGGACGUUUUCUACGUGAAGGACACCCGCGGCGUGAAGUACAAGUACCUCUCGGCCGUCGACAACGGGACGCUUUUCCAUGCGGCUUGGCUUUUCCAAGACGGCUGGAUAUCAUGGGCCGGGCCACCAGAAGCAAUCUCCCUUGACCGCGGCACCGAGAACCGGGGCAAGUUUCAGUCGAUGAUCAAGAGCCACGGCACUCUUCUUCGCUAUGUCGGGCUGGAGUCGCCGUUCCAACUUGGACGUGGAGAACGGCAAGGGGCCAUUCUGAAGGACAUCAUGAAGAGAGUCGUGGCCUCCCGACAGCUGUCAGGUGAUGACUCAAUGGAGCUACUGCACCACGCCGGGUUUACCCCGUCUCAGUGGGUUCUAGGCCGGCUUCCCAAGGAGAUUGACGCCCUGACCAGUGCGGAGUCUGACCGCUACCUCGGGCAACACCAGGAGAUCCUCGACGGGGAGAGCACCUUUGUCCUUGCGGGCGGCAGCUCGAGAAGCUUUUGCCCAGACCGACUCCUCCGACCGAGUCCGGCGUCCCGAUGCAUGGGCCAUUUGUGCAAGGGGACCUGGUGUGCUUCUACCGGCGAGCUGGACGUGGACCUCACAAGUGGCGCGGCCCGGCGGGUCAUUGGACAAGAGGGGCGCUCCACCCUCUGGGUGGUCCACGGCGGGAUGCCCAUGACAAUCGCAAUGGAAAGCUGCCGGCGUGCCACUGGAUCGGAAGCCUAUGCGAAGAGACAACUGGAGCUAAGACCGACGCGGAAACGUCGGCGAGAGGACUUGGCCGAGGACAACCCAGACGAGCAUGGAUAUCCUUUCGGAGACGACGAGAUGGCAGCGCCUCCCGGCGCACCGGGCGCCGAACCGAGCGGCGACAGCAGCAACGGCAACGGACAAGCAGUUCCCUCAGAACCUCCUGUACUACCUGGCCCUGACGGCGCCGAGCAGUAUGGCAACAACAGCGACGGCAAUGGACAAGCAGUUCCAUCAGAACCUCCUGGACUACCUGGCCCUUUUCCUCAGGACGUGGCUGUUCCUAGCACACCGGGGGGUCUUACCGAAGACAGCUCGGAACCAGAGCCUGAUCACGAGAUGAUUCCACCGAGCAGGCGUACCUCAACUACGGCCAGCCAGCCUGCGGCUAGCUCGUUGCAACAGGCUUUGCGUCGCUCUGUCGAUGGCCUGGAUGGUGUGCCUACUAGGAAGCGACCUCUCUCUCCCAAUGGUGCGGCCGCACAGGAACCUGAACCACGACCUCCACCACCUGAAGCUUCCCGUAGCAGUGCUCGUGAAGAUGGUGCUUUCCACGCCUUUGCCAGGCGGACCGUGACAAAGAAAAGUGCCACGGCCAGGGCCAAGGAGCUCAACUACAAGAAGGCGACCGGGAAGGAGAAAGAAGGCAUGGAUGCGGCGCGCAACAAGGAGUGGAGCAACUGGAAAGGGUUCGACGCCGUGGACGUCAUCACCCCAGACCGCGUGGAGAACUUCCUGAAGGACCACCCCGAGGUGGAUGUGACGCCUAUGCGGUGGGUUGACACCAAUCAGGCGCAGCCAUGGGAGGAGCCUCGAGACCUCGAGGAAGGGGCCCAUGGUGCUAGAACGGAUUCUCCGACGUGCUCGGCUUUGAUGCUCAACUUUGCCCUGGCGACCUGUGCCGGGAAAAGGUGGCGACUGCGAGGAGGCGACAUCACCGCCUCUUUCCUGCAGGGAGAACCGAUGGAACGCUUCUUGAUCCUACGCCCUCCUCCGGGUGGUCUCCCUGAUGUCCCUGAAGGGUCGUUGCUGGUGGCGAAGAAGCCGGUGUACGGCACGAAAGAUGCACCCCGAGGCUUCUGGAGACGACUGCACCGAGUAUGCCUGCAGCUUGGACUCGAGGCGACCCCGCUGGAGCAUGCAUGCUAUGUGCUCCGACGCGAGGGCCGCAUCGCCGGGAUCCUGGUCAGCCAUGAGAUGCAGGAGAUCAUGGGCAAGCUUCGCGAUGAGUUCCGCUUCGGGACCCUUGACGAGGAGAAGGAGAUCGACUACUGUGGGCGAAGAAUCGCCCAGGAACCUGAAAAGAUCUACGUCAGCUGCCCCAACACGGCAGCCAAGGUCCGAAGCAUUGCCCUCAGCAGCGAGCGAAAGAAGCAAAGAGCGGCCGCAGCAACGGAAGUGGAAAAGGGGCAGCUUCGGCGUGUUCUUGGAAGCCUUAAUUGGCUUAUUGUGCGGGUGUGCCGGGUGGACAUUUGUUACCAGGUGCACCGCUUACAGACUGUGAUGAAGAAUGCCUGCGUCGACGACCUCCUCCAGUGCAACCAGCUCUUGAACUACGUGAAGGCAACGCCCACCAAGGGGAUGUACUUUCCUUAUGGGGAAGUGGAGCCGGAGAAGGCGACCAUCCUAUCUGUGACGGACGCCAGCCACGCAGCAGACUGUGACCUCUCUGCCGACGGCCGCAAGCUUGGGUGCCGUUCCCAGUCCGGGCGCCUACUGCUCCUGGUCUCCCCCGACUAUGUGGAGAAGGGGACCGGAAGAGUCUACUUACUCGGCUAUCACUCGAACGUGGUGCGCCGAGUGUGCCGGUCCACCUUGCAGGCCGAGACGUUGUCCCUCAUUGCCGGCUACGAGGAGGCAGAGCACCUGAGAGCAGUGCUGCACUACAUGUGCGGCGGAACAGUCGAUGGCAAAAUGAUCGCGGCCAUGGACAGCCACGACGUUGUGCUCUUCACCGACUGCAAGUCCCUGGAAGAGCACGCGAAGCAGCCGGGGCUGCACACCGUGAACGACAAGAGGUUGGCUAUCGACUUGUGGGGAAUCCGCCAGGUGAUCUGGCGACAGCGCGGUGAAGAAGUUGGCGACCCCUUUUUUGCGGACCGCCCGCCAGACAAGGGAAGUACCCAGAUCCACUGGGUGGAUACGAGCACCAUGGCGGCAGACGGACAGACGAAGCAAACGAGGAGCCCACAGCUCAUCACUUUGAUGGGCGAAGCUAAGAUGACGGUGAGCUAUGUAAAGCUGAGCUCGCCGAAAGCACACCCAUAA